CCCUCUUCGCGCCUCCAAAUGCGGAAGUUGCUCUAAACUGCUUCCACCCGGUCACAGUGAUCUCCACGCCAAACAAGACACCAACACGCUGCAAAUAAUCCUCUUACGCAGUUCACUAACGACAUUUAACCCAUCGACAUGCAUAUUAAAACAGGUACCUUGGAGUCAAAUCAUGCAGUGUGUGAGUCGGACACGCUGUGCGACCCUGCUGUCCUCGUGUCUCCUCCUCAAACCGAGCCACACAUCCGGAACAGGCGUCUCUCCCCUGGCUCUGGCAGUUGUGGUGGAGGUGGCGGUGGCUGUGCUGCCCGAGUCGACACACUUUCCCCUCAUCAGUCAUCAAACAGCCCUCAUCGUGAAGGACCUUCACAUGGAACUGGUCACACACAACCCUUGAACAGAGAGCACAGGGCUCAGAACAGAGGCAGAGGUCCUCGUCGUGAGGGAGCCGGUCAAAAACUCCAGAAAUCCUCUCAGGCACAGAAGGACAAGUGGAUGGGAGAGACGCUGUCGUCUCUUAGACCUCCGCCCGCUUUCCCGGUGAAGGACAGCCCUGCCAAGCUGCAGCCGGCGGUCAGUUACGCCUCCAAGGUGAAGGCGGGCGGACAAUUUGGGGGCAUGGCUGAAGAGCCACCUGGCAUUGGGGCACUUCUGCAGAAUCAGUGGGGACUCAGCUUUAUUACCAACGGGCCGGUGAUGGAGAACACCACUUCAGUUGCUGAAGAGGACACAGAGCAGAGUCCAUCUGCAACUGUUCACCACCUUGCUGAAGAAACGGUUUCUGAAAAAUUUGUGGCUUUGCCAAGCAAGUGCUCCAUGGAGCCCGACGAUUCUGCGCAGCUGCUGCUCACCUGUCGCCAUCUAAUGGAAGCUGUGCAGUAUCAUACACAUGAAUGGAGUGCAGUCUUCAGGAAACAGAAAGAAGAUCCGGUGAAGGUCGUGUGGUACACAGACUCGUCGUAGCAGCUUGCACGGCACACUCCAGCUAACUAGCUCACCCACUCGUACUCCAUACACACUUUCAUACUCUCUCUAGCACACUUAAAAUCACACACACACACACUCUCCCUACUCUUUGCACUCAUCUUCACCCCAAAUUCCCCAUCCCCGUGUUGAAGAAAAAACGUCUCCGAUGCAUGGAUGCCUUAAAACUUAACAUGUUGUGUGGAGACCUUUCCACUCAUCCUUUAUUUUAUCAUGGUGGAGAACACUGUUUACUUUUUAUAGAAUAUCUUUGUAAAGAUCUGGCUAUUUUAUUGUACCGGGGCAAAACAUUACUGUACUGUAGCUUAUUUGCCCUUUUUUUUUUUUUUUUUCCUUCUUCUUUCCUCUCCUUUCUCCCUCAUCAUAAAGUGCUCCUGUACUCACAGUAAAGACCGCCAUCUCUCUGGAACCUUAUUUUAGGACCCCAUUUUUUUCUUUCUUUUUUUUGCGCGUAUGUCCCAAUCCCUAUCAUGUCUCUUAUAUGGGCGGCAUCUACAUGAGCACAGUUUUUCAGCAUCACUGCUCUAAUUUUCUGUUCUUAGUGCUGUUUUUAAAAUAUUUCCACCCUAACUUGAAUGUAAAAUGUACAAUAGAGAUCUUUUUAAUGGGGCACUGGAAGAGAUUUAAGUGAAGUGUUGCAGAAUAAAAAGCAAAGUAUAAACCAUUGUCUAUUUUUUAUUAUUGCUACCAUGCGGAGAAACUAGAAACGUACUUACCGGGAAAAAAGGGGGGGGGGACUCAGGUUAUCUUGUUACCUUUGCUUUUGAACCUUGUGUUUACUAAAAUGUUAUUAAAAUUGUUUACAGUUACUUCAGUUUUAGGAUUUCCAUGUGUGUCGCUGCUGAAGUUGGCAUUUUAAGUGGGCAAUCACCUUAACGACAAAAAAGGAAAGAUUUUAUUUAAAUGUAGAAGUGACGUGUUCUGUACAUGGCUCUGUAACAUGUCUUGUUAAAGCUACUGGAUGUCUGCUUUUUUUUUUUUUCUUUUCUUUUUUCUUUUUCCAAGCUUAACCUCUCCAGUGUAACAUUUCUAUACCUAGGUUUAAUGAAUCUUGGGUUACGUUCUGUCGCGAGAUGUUGUGCACGAGCACGACUCCAGGCAGAACGCUGUUUGUCUUUGUUUUACUUGGACAUGCGAGAUGUUCUCAAAUGUAUCGGUUUACAUACUAAAUCCAUCUAAAUGUUCAAUAACAAUAAUCUCCAAAGCAACAAGGUUUCCUUAAAGGUCUAAAGUUGAAUAAUACAACUGCAACUCUAAAAUGUUCUGAAUUGGUUAUUUGUUGAUGACUCAAUUGGGAAGAAAAUAAACUCAGGAACUGCAAAUCA